AUGAAAGAAGGAAAAGAAAUAGUAAUAGAAUAAAACACUUACUUGAUUAGAGAAAUGCUCGGUUAAGGCUCUUAUGGAGUAGUUUAUAAAGGAUAAACUAAAUUAACUUAAUAAACUGUAGCAAUAAAAUAAUAAGAUAACAUAAAUGAAUAUGAAUUAAUGAUGUUAUAGAAAAUGAAAGGAAAAAAAUUUAAAAAUUUAAUCAAUAUUCUUAAUCUUGAACAAAUAGGUAGAAAGUAUUAUAUAGUAAUGGAAUAUUGUAAAGAGAGUUUAUUUGAAAGGCUUCAACGUAAAGGUACAAUCAAAGCAGAAGAUAUAAGGUUCAUUAUGAAAGAAAUAGGAAAUGGAAUAAAAGAAAUUCAUGAUUUAGGUUAUGCUCAUCGAGAUAUUAAGCCUGAAAAUAUAUUGAUAUUUUAGAUAACUGACAACGGACAUACUUAAGAUUUAUAUAAAAUUUGUGAUUUUGGCACAAUAAAAAAUAUUGAUGUACUUAAAACAUAAGUAAUUGGUACUGCUUAUUAUCUUGCUCCAGAAUAAGUGAAUGGAUCAAAUGAAUAUUCUAAAAAGGUUGAUAUAUGGGCAUUUGGUGCAUUGAUUUACGAAUUAUUGACUGGAUAGCCAAUGUUUGAUGGUAAUUUAUGAUUUAAAUGAAGGUUAUUCUGAAGAGUAAGUUUGGAACAAAAUAAAAAGUAUUACUUAGAAACAAAUUGAUGAAAAAAUUUAGAAUAAUUUGAAAAUAGAAAGGAAAUAUAGUACUCUUCUUUUAAAUAUGCUUUAAAUUGAUAUACAAAAAAGGCAUGAUAUUAAUUAAGUUAUAUCUGAUUUGAGAGGAACAUCAUAAAUGACUCAUAUGCCAACAUUUGGACAAAAAGAGAAACCUGAUAAUACAAACAAUGAAGAAAAACAAAUCAAUAAAAAGAAUUAUUUUGAUAUUCAAUAAUUGAAAGGAAUUCCAAAUCUGAAUGGUUUAAUAUAACCCAUUAAUCAAUAAAACUAGUAAAAAAUAAUUAAUAAUUUACCUAAACCUAAUGAUUUAAAAUUGCAAUAAUAAUAAUAAACAAGAGGAAGAAAUACUGACUAAGAAGAUAAGAUUAAGUAACCUAAUUUUCCACCUAAUUUUUCACCUAAUUUUCCUCCACCGAGUUAAUUAAAAUUUUAAGAUUUACAAUUAAACUUAUCUCGAGGAAGAAAUAUUGAUGAAGAAGAUAAGACUAAGAAAUUGAUAUAUCGUUCUCCUUAACCACCACCAUCUACUUAAAAUCAGCCUGGAUAAAAUUUUAUAAGAGGCACGAUGAAUCCAAUGUUAUCAAGAAAACCAGAAUGUCGAGCUUAAAUUGAGCCAUCAAAUUAGGAUAUAAGAAAUUCUUAACCGAUCACACUAGUGUAAUUUUAAAAUUAGCCAGGCUUAAAUAAUGUGAAGGGCAAUCUUCCUUAAACUAAUUUCUAAAAUUAAUAGGAUUUAAAACAAUUUGAAUAAUAGGAAUAAAACAACUAUAGAGAUUCCAAUAAUUCAUAGGGAAUAAUUCCUUAUAAUAAUAUACCAAAGUAAGUUAGUUCUUAACCAUUUAAUAAUUAAGAAAAAAAUUAAAAUGUUCUUCAAUAAUAAUAGUUAUAAUAAUAAUAAUAAUAAUAAUAAUAAUAAUAAUAAUAAUAAUAAUAAUACAUAAUUCCAAAUUAACAAUAGACAAUAUAAUCCAAAAAUCUAUAGAUUAACCAGUUUCCUUAAAAUAGUAUACAAAAGUAAGUCAGUUCUAAACCAUUUAAUUAUUAAAAUACUAUUUAAUAAUAAUAAUAAAAUCAUGUACCUAUUAUGGCUAACCAAAACACAUAAUAAUAUAAUCCUUAAAAUAUUUAUUAAUCUUGUGAUUAAUAAUAACAAGAGAAUAAUUAAAUUUAGGCAGUUUCACAAUACUUUAAUCAAUAGAUUCCUUAAAAUGGCAACAUUCCGAAUCAAAAAAUUUCACUAUAGUAUAAUUAUGCAUAGUAAUAAUCUAAGGGAGAUAAUUCUAGUUCUUAAUAAAAUAAAGAUAAUUUGACUUAAAUUAAACAAUAGCCUUAAAAACCAAUUCAAGGAAAUAGCUUUAAUUAAGAUAAUAAUAAAUAAGUUAAUUAAAAUAAACUCCCCUCUUAAUAACCAAAUUUUUAAAGAGUAUCAUAAAUUGGAAUCUCUUAAUAGACAUCUUAAAAAUAACAUCACAAUGUGGGAGUUUAGUAUUAAAAUAACUGGCCAACCAAAUGA